ACGAGGGAGCAGGGUGGGGUUUCUGUUCACGUGGGGCGGACGCGACAGGGAGCAGGUAGAGAGCGAGCGAGCGGAUCCCCCGCACCAUCUGCGGGAGCUCCCAGGCCUCCUUCCUCACCCUUCCGCAAGGGUGGCCCCCUCCGCCCCCCUCUCCUGUCCCCCCCAUUCCAUGAACCUUUUCAACCCUUCUCUCUCCCCCACCCCGCCGCCGCACAGGGGCUGAUCUCUGCCGGGACAGAAGGGCUGCCCCGUCGAGUUGCUGCCCGUGCUGCCCUCGCUUCAGGCGACGAGGCUCGCCUGUGCCCAGGGGAAGGAUCGCUGACACCCGUGGGGGAGCAUUCAUGCACACAGAGACACGUGUCUCAGGCCACGUCUGAGGAGGCUCCAGGCGUGCCUCCCGGGUCUUUUGGCCUCUGCUGAGCCCUCGACCGGCGCCACGUGACCACCCCCCUCCCCGAGGAGAGGCGGCAGCAGCCCCUGGGCAGACUCGGGGCAGCCCCCGCCUCAAGGCCUGAGCCGGAGGCCCUGCCGUGCUCGCGUCAUCCCUGCAGGGCAGCCCCCCAGCCCCAGGCCGGGCAAGAGCGGCCCCCAGAGCCGAAUGCAGACGGCCAAAGGCGCUUGCUGUGUGCUUGCGCUGCCCCUGUUGAUGCUUCCCCUCCUGCGGUCGGCCUGUCAGCUCUUCUCCUCCAUGGCCACAGCCGCCGGAUCCUAUGUCCCCGGGACCCUCUCUGCAGCCUUCGUCACUUGCCCCAACCAGACGGUGGCCAGGGAGAUUGGCAGGGCUGUGGUCGAGAAGCGGCUGGCCGCAUGUGUCAACAUUGUCCCUCAGAUCACUUCCAUCUACGAGUGGAAAGGCAAGAUUGAGGAGGACUCGGAGGUGCUGCUGAUGAUUAAAACACGAAGUUCACGUGUCUCGGCACUUGCAGAAUUUGUCCGGUCUGUGCACCCCUAUGAAGUGGCCGAGGUGAUUUCUGUUCCCAUCCAGCAGGGGAACCCGCCCUACUUACAGUGGGUCGAAGAGACCGUCCCCGAGUGAGGCAGAAGCAGGAGCCCCACAGCCAAGAAGAGGGGGGAGUGCUGAUGGGAGGGGGUGGAAAGAAUUUAUGAUAAUAGCAGUAAUAAAUCCACCCCCCUGGGGGGUCAUGUAGAGAAAGCCAA